AUUUAAACUUUGAUGGUGUGAAUCAAACAAAGUUUGUUACCGGCCGAAAACUAUAGGGGCUUUUUUAAUUUUCUUAGCAACUUUCCUCCUCCGUAUCUUCUCCUUCUGUUCCUCAAAACUCCAUUUUUUUUUUCUCGGACUUCAACUGCGGGGGGCGCCGAAGGAUAAUUUUGAAGCCCGCAGCGCAGCAAUCCGCAAUCCGCGAUCCAAAUCCAGAUCCGGAGCAAAGCUGCUCCAUCCAGAUUAGCACCAGAAAUCCCCCCUUUGCCAGUGCCAUGCUAGCCUCUCCUGGAAUAUACCCAGAGAUGCUCUUCCAGUCUCGAGCUUCCCCGCCCUUCGUAUCGUCUGCAGCAAAUACAGCAGAUAUUUAGUGCUUCCAGAGAUGUGAUGAUGGUGUUUCUUUGUUUUGCUAGCUGCUCGUUACUGGAUUCGGUUCGGAUCCAGACUUCUCGCACACCCAGCCAUGACUUAAAAUCAACAGGCACUCCAGCGAGCUACUGAGAGCCAUUCUCUAGCUUUAGCUCAGAUGUACAUGUCUCGAUAAGAUACACAGGCAUCAUACAGGCAUAUCAAAAAACGGAGAACUUGGAAGUAUAUAGGCUAGGAUUCGGGAAAGGAGAAGAAAUAAGAGAAGGAAAACUCGGUAGGGAAAGAUUCAGCUUGCUAGUUCAGAGCUUGUUGGCACCGUAUAUGGACUGUAUGUUGGGGAGGACGAGAAGACAUUCACAUACCUGACGAGUCAUCACCACGCUCGAGCUUAUCGCACACUCGACUUUUGUGUGGGUAAACGAAAAGCCGCGUGAAGAAUUGCAGCGAGGGAUUUGGGCAAUCCUCGCAUCAUGGGUCGCAGGCGCAGCGCUCUUUGCUUUUGCGGUUAGGAGCUAGGCGUAAAGCGGCGGCAAGGAGACGAGAAAAUGUUCCAGUGCUUAUAGUCGAGCGCUUCCAAGGACAUCCUGAUCGAAAUUUCCCAUGGAGCCGAUGGACAGGCACUCCUCCCCAAAGAGAUCCCCCGGGCGCGACGGACACAGCCCAUUUGGAGCUCACCCCACUCCGGAGCAGCACGACGCCUUCUUAGCUGCCUCGAGCGCUCUCAUCUCGCAAGCUUGCGUCAAGGAAGAUCCCGAGCCCCAACAGCAGCACCAUCUAAUCGAUCACGGUGCCGCCGCCGCCGCUGCCGCCGGCUACUCGAUGGAGCACCUCGCAUGGGACAAUCACUCGUUCAUCGAAUCCAUGUCUCCCGAGUCGGCCGACCUCUGCAAGCAUCUACUGGAACACAUCCACGGAGCUCAUUUUCCUCAUGGGGAGGGCAGCCGCCACGAUCCGGAAGAGCAGCAGCCACACCAUCACCACGGCGGUGCCAGUAGCAGCAGCAGCGGCGCUCGUUUGGCGCCACCGCCGGGAUCCAUGGCCAGCUCGAUCUCGACCACUGAAACGGAUGAGACGAUGAAGGCUUCCAUUGUGGCUCACGCGCACUACCCCGAUCUCCUGGCCUCGCUCUUGAACAUCCAGAAGGUAUUGCUUGCUCAGGUUGGUGCGCCGCCGGACCGCGUUGCAAAGCUCGACGAAGCCGGCCAGCUGCUGCUGAACCUUCGACCCGCGGUAGUAACCAGCGUGGGAGCUAAUCCGGAGCUUGACGACUUCAUGGUUGCCUACUGUGCCAUCAUGAAGGAAUUUGAGGACGAAUUCCGGAAUGUUCUCGAGGGAGCAAUGGCGUUUUGCAAAACGAAGACGGAUCAGCUGGGAGCGAUCGCAGCCGCAAGCGUUCAUAUGAACAGUGUGGUUACCAGCGUUUCCGAUCAUCCGGUGGAGAGCGAGGAGCCAGAGACGACCACCACGGGAGGAGGGGCCGAGAUCGAGGAGGACAUCAGCAGCUCCGAGGUUGGAAACGAGGUUGAUCCCUUGGCCAAGGACGAGAACCUCAAGGAGUAUCUGGCUCAGAGGUAUGGUGCUUACAUCAAAGGCCUCAAGCAGGAGUUUCUCAAGAAGAAGAAGAAAGGAAAGCUGCCCAAGCACUCGACCGAGAAGCUGUAUGAGUGGUGGGAAGCUCAUAUCAAGUGGCCAUAUCCAUCGGAACAGGAGAAAGCUAACCUCGCAACUGAUACUGGACUCGACCAGAAGCAAAUUAACAACUGGUUUAUCAACCAGAGAAAGCGUCAUUGGAAUCCUUCAGAGCACGACCGCCCUUUGAGCAGCGUUUCUGCUCGGGGCAACACCGAAGGGUGACGAAUGAAUGAAACUUAUAGGUUUUGCACUCUUGUCUAUAGGGCUUAUAUACAAAAUAUAUAAAAUUAAAAAAAAAAGAGAAUUCAAGAUAAGUAAAUAAAGGCAAUAAAUAAAUUUAAUGUUAUGGUUUAUAUUUAAUCAUAAUAUGCUA